AUGAUUCAGAUGUGCAUUGCUCGGGCGUUGUAUGAUAACAUAGCAGAAAGUCCAGAUGAGUUGGCUUUUAGACGAGGUGAUCAACUAACUGUGCUUGAGCAAAAUACAAACGGACUUGAAGGAUGGUGGUUAUGUUCACUUCGUGGUCGUCAAGGUAUAUGUCCUGGAAAUCGGUUAAGAAUACUAGCUGGUGUAUAUGAAACUCCACCUACUACACCAGUAAUUCAUCAACAAACUGAAUUCUGUGGGGAAAGGAGAUCAUGGCAUGUUCAACCUAAUAGGGUGGUAACGCCACAGCGAAGAGGUGACGUUUACGUAUAUGAAAAUCCUUCGGCGAUGACGAGGAAUUCUCCUAUAGACUGUUACGAUACUCCACGUCCGAUUCACCAUAGUUUUCCGACUGAGAAUUACGAUACGCCCAGACAUUCACCUUCUACCCCCCAUCUUCAGCAGCAUGACGGUUGUUAUAAUGUACCGCGUCAUUCCCCAUCAGUGCAAUCUCUUCAGGAAACCAUGUAUAAUAUACCACGUCAGUCGCCUUCGAUUGUCCAGUUACAACAAGACACCACGUACAAUGUACCACGUCAAUCACCAUGUACAUCACUGCCACACGAUUCUACAAAUAUACAAAAUGGAGUAUGCAAAGUGCCUCAACUUUUGACAUCUCCAGUUGUUCCUGAAAGCUUGCGACAAUCUCCCAUGGCUUCUAUGCAUGAUAGCAUUUAUAACGUACCAAGGCAUUCACCGUCAUUGCAGCAAGACAACUAUGACGUACCACGAUCGGUAUCAACUCAUUUGAAUCGCAUGACGCCCAGUAGCUCGGUGAGCAGUCUUACAACUGAUUCUUUGUCCAUUUGUUCGAAUCGAUCGUCCUUGGUUAAUAUGCCGGAAUAUGAUGUUCCACGGUCCCUUAGCGUAGCACAAAUCGAUCUUCCACCAGCACCGAAAGAGUUACCGCUAGAAUUGAGUUCUGCUUUGUACACAUUAACUCGGCUUCAAACAGAAGUCACAUGUGCGACCACCAUCCUUUUAGGCUAUGUCGUUCCAGAUUGGAGAAGAAAAGAUAAAUUAGAGAGCACGGGUAUGGAUAUCAAGUUAUCAGCAAUUAGACUAAAGACUGCACUAUAUGAUUUAGUUGAAUUUUGUGAGGGUGUUUCCGGCAAUGCAGCAAAGGCAUCAGAUAAAGGAAUUUCGCAGAAAAUAAAGCCACUCGUAAAAACACUUAAAGAUGCUUAUAAAAUAAUAGAAGACAGUACUGAAACUUUAGAUGCUUUGGGCUGGUUUCCAGAGCUCGAAGCGACUGUUGAUAGACCUGUACCAAUAUACCCUAAUAACGUAGAUCCGCUGGACGAACUUAUUAGGUGCGCUAGAUCUCUCACAGAGGAUGUUAGGUUGGCUGUUUCAUCAAUACAAGGUAAUGCUACAUUAUUAUUUAAGCGUUCCAAUUCGCCACAAAAUGAUAAUAAUAAUGGAAAUUGGAUGGAAGACUACGAUUACAUUAAUUUGGAUGUCAAAAAUAAUCAGACAAACAUUAAUGACGAGUCAGAAGAUAGGCGAUCGUCAACUACUAUCGACGGAGAUGUAACAAAUGUAAGUGAUACAAUAAACGAAGAAGAUUUAGAUUGUAACGAUAGGCAAAUAGUUACAUUUUACGCUAAACAAGCGGUGAUAUACAUGGCAAAUCUUGCAAAUGCAAUUGAUGCAUUCCUGCAGACAGUUGAACGCAAUCAACCGCCAAAAAUAUUUUUAGCUUAUGGAAAAUUUGUUGUUCUAAGUGCACACAGGCUGGUACAUAUUGGUGACACAGUUCAUCGAAAUGUUUUACAAAGUCCAGUUAAAGACCGCGGUUUAAAUUGCGCAAAUGCAUUAAGUGAAGCUUUGGCGGUCACAGUAAAUAAAACAAAAAUUGCUGCAGUGCAAUUUCCUAGUGUUUCAGCUGUACAAGAAAUGGUAGAUUCCGUAGUCGAUAUAUCUCAUAUUGCCAGAGAUCUCAAAUUGAUUUUGCUUCAAGCAUCUAAUAUUUAGUUAUCAAACAAAUUAAUGGAAGUCAUUAACUCACUUUACUUUCAAAUUUGAGUAUUGAAUUAUAGAGUAUUUAAAAC